CACUCGUUUGGCCUCAAUAACACCGAAAAUGAAGUGAAAACAAAUUUUCCCACAUAGAGAAAAAUAAAAAGAGCAAUUUUAGGAUAAUCGUGUGCACUUUAGAGCCUCUCUAGGAUCCGAAAAUGUCUGGGUCAUCAACUAUUGUCAUUUCGCAGUUGCAGAGCUCUGGAAUGCUCUCUAAAGAACAGUUGCUCCAUCUUUUCAACCGCUUCACUUUUCUUACGUCCCUUCCUGAUGUGAAGAACAGGAUUGCAGAAGCUGUUAAAGAUCAGCAAGAAGCUGUGGCUGCAACUACUGCAAUCCAGGAAGAGAUAUUUCUGGAGAUGGGUGUUGAUCCAAGUUUUGGUUUAUCAUGCCUGGGGAAAGUGAAUAUUUAUGAGAAUGAUCAGGAGUUGAUGAUUCGCUUUUUAAAAUUUGUUGCAAGGGAAGAGAUGGCCUGUGAUGAAGCUGAGCUUGGACCAGAUGAGUUUACUGAAAGAAUGCAUAGUCAACAAAAACUACAUGAACAGCAACUGGAGACGCUAAAGCACAUGCGCAAAUUUCACUUGGAUGAUCAAUCUGCAAUUCUUGAGAAGUUGCAUCAGCAGAUGGAAAAUACCAAUUAUGAAGGUGGAGUAUCUGUUCUUUCAUCUGAACAGAUUCAGGAGAUAGUUCAAAGGAGGGUGUCACCUUUAUUUAGCCCCAGGUAGUUUGGGAUUUAAAAUAUAACCUAUCAAGUUUUCAUUGUAUCUAAUGUAGUGGUUGUAGUUGUCAAUCAUAAUAUGCUGGAUGGAAUUUUGCUUAUUUGUACUUCCUCUGGUUUUUCUUUUAAUUGACAUUUUGUGGUCUCUCUUUAUUAUCCAA